AUGGAGGGAAGCCUUAUCGACUUCUCGUCACUCGAAGAGUACUUCUCCGGAAAAAAUCGACGAAAAUCCGCCUCGAAAGCUUCAAUUGAUGCCCUUCCGGUUACAGAAAUCGUCGGCGGUGUAAAUUGUAGCGAAAAGUGCUCUGUUUGCUUGGGAGAAUGGGUCGCCGGUGACAGCUGUAAAGAGAUGCCGUGCAAGCAUAGAUUCCACGUGGACUGUAUCGAUAAAUGGUUGAAAAUUGACGGUUCGUGCCCUGUUUGCAGAUACGAGAUCCCCGUUGAUGUGCACGACGGCGGAAGAGCUCCUCCUCCGCCGCCGCCGGCGCCGCCGGCGCGAAGUUCGAAUCAGUUCUCGAUUAAUUUAGUCGAUUGA